CUCAAAAAGCCAUUAGUAAGGCUAUGAUUAUAACAAUCAUCUUCUGUUUUGUAUACUAUUUAGGUUUGGGUAUUACUCCACAUCUCUCUCAUGUAAAGCCUAUGCUAUCUGGUGCCAUAGCCACUUCUGCAACCUGCGUGCCUUACCAUUUUACUUGCGUUGUCUGCCCUUUCAACAUGGCUAAGAUUAAGGAUUCAAAGAAGCCUCCCGCAGUUGGGUCCCAAUCCACCCUUAAUCACCGUGCAUUUGUCAUGAAAAAGAAAGCGAGAGAUAAAGGGAAGAUAGAAGAUAUUGAGAUUGCCACUCUGAACAAAAAUAUGCACCAGGAGCUCCUGUGUCCUGACUCUGCACUACAGGAAUCCAAUGUUUUGGAUGCUUGUGUUGUUGGGUCCCAGACAUCAAAUACUAAUCCACCAAACGGUCAACAUAUCCUUUCCACACAACUUGAAGCGAAUAAGGACCAACUCCUUCAGCCACUUGACACAUCUGAAUAAGUUACCAAUGAUGAUCUUGAUCAGAAAGCAAAAAGGCUUCUUUCACAACUUCAAGCAAGAAUCAUGCCCAGUUCCCCUCAAUUUAGGUCAACAAUUACAUGAGGAGUUUUUUCAGCUACAUGCAUUACCUAACACCAUGUCAUGGAAUGGAGUUUAUCAAGUUAGAAUGGCUCUUUGUGUAGAUUUCAACAACUUCAGUUUUCAGUCUUCAACAUCAGCAAAACUUCAUGACUGUCUACUGUUGCACUGACAUUCAAAGUCCAGUUUUAUGGAAGUUCAACUUUCAGUAUUUGAUGUGAUUGCUUUCACUUUUAGCCAUGGCUCCAUGCUAUUAUUGUUGUAGCUUCAAAUUCGUUUGUAUGAAUAAUUUGUUCUUGUAGUAGAAGUGUUUUGUCAGUGUACUUCCUUGUUACA